AACACAUCAUCCACGAGUGCUCCUCCGAAUCGGUCCUUUACAAAAUUUAAAGCACAGCCAAAAUCAGUUUCAUCUGUUUUGUUUCGAAUUUCCAAUCCUACAUUGAAUCAAAAGCUAAAAUGAAGAUCAUACAAAAAUCAUAGUCAAUAAUAGUCGUCCAAAACAAGACUUUUUUGGUCAUCAUGAUGGAUGCCACUAAAAACGCGUCUCAACAAUCGGAUGAUCCUGACCAAUACCAAUAUGGAACUUGUGGCCUUAGUUAUGGAACCACGGAUGAAAUGCCCGACCAUUGCCGCACUCGUAAUUCUAUUCCAUGCACCUUUGUGGAGACACAACGAGCACUGAAUGGAGCAGUUCGUUGUUUUGCAUACGAUUCCACUGGGAUGAACCUGAAUGACCUCUCCAAGCUUCUCCAUCAUAUUCAACGGGACCUCACACAAUUGCUGAAGACCAUUGCAUCCACGGGCCAUCACAAGGUUGGAAUGGUUAUCAUGGCAGAAUGUGGCAACAUGGAUCAACAAGGGGACAUUCUUGAGCUUCUCGAAAUGCCUAUUAGAUCUGGUCCUUGCAUUGAGUUAGUGGACUCCAAUGUGAUGGAGACCCUGCAGACCUUGUUCAUUUCUAUUGGCAACAUCUUGGAGGACCUUCGGGAUAAUGGCGCUCAUUUUGACACAAUUCAACGGUUUGUUUCCAUCAGAUUAGAAUGCGCUCGAUGUAAACCUUUGGAUGGGAAAUGCAACUUGCUUUCGGUCACCAUGACCAAACAAUUGCGACAAAGUAAGAUGAAGAAAGGUGAAAUAACGAAAAAUGAUUGCUUUUACCGAGCAAUUGCGUUUCACUUUGUAAAAAAGGAGGAAGAAAUUGAAGCAUUUAUGAAUAAGUUCAUCAACCGACUUCAUGCCAGCGAUGAACCUGUGGAAGUGCGGGAAAUUACCAAAUUUGAACAAAUUAACCCAAAGUUAUCACUCCGAAUCCACGUACUUCAUAUGGACGGGGAUGAGAGUGUUUAUCCGAUUAGAACCUCAAGUAAUAAGCAAGGUAAACACCUCAUUACCGUGGUGCAUUACAGCUGUAGACAUAACGAUAAGGGUAUUAGUCAUUAUUCUCUUGUAACGGACCUUGGUAAAUUUAUACGAAAAACUUACCGAAAUGCCAAAGGAAAAAAAACAUACCAGAAAUGCUUUCCUUGUCCCAACUGUUUCCAAAAGUUAUCCAGCCCCCAAGUUUUGGAGGAACAUAUGGCAAAAUGUAUCAAAAAUGAGCCUCAAAUAGUGGUACUUCCCAAGAAAAAUGAAACCAUAACAUUUAAAAACCACACCAGAAAAUUCAAGAAGCAAUUCAUUGGGUUCUUCAGCUUGAAAACGCCCACCUCAGAAACCAAAUGUACUAAGUGUUCCAACAAUUUUAGAUGUGACCACAAAAGCGAAAUUGAUCAAGAUCACCUUGGAUUGGCUUAUUGUCUCAUCAUUUUAAAUCAGAAUUAUGACAUUGUAUUUGAGCGACACUACGUUGGGAAUAAUUGUGAUGUCGAUUUGCAGGAUGCUCUGAUCCAAGCUCAAAAUGAAUUAAAGGGUAUCACCGAGAGUGUUGUAAAUGAGCACCCUACAGACUCAGAAAUGAAUGAUCACAUGCAUGAGCAAAAAUGCCAUGUUUGCGAGAAACCUUUUGCUUCUCGAAGAGAACAUGGUGAUGAUGGCUUUGAUGAUACGGAUGAUGAUACUGAUACUGACACGGAUGAGCCUGAGGCCGAAUCGAUCGUGAUGGAUCGUUGCCGUAUCACUGGUAAGAUUUUAGGGGCUGCCCAUAAGGCUUGCACUAUUGAAACGUUCUAUUCCAAACUGAUUCCGAUAUACAGUCACAAUUUCAGCCACGAAGCAACUCGCACAAUAUUAACAAGCUUAAAAUUUAGUUCAAACUUAAAGAGGGCUGAAGGCUUGCCACUUAACAAUGGCCGAUUGAGGAGUUUGCAAAUUUUCAAUUUUAACUUUCUUGACUCGAAAACGUUUCUUCAAGGAUCGUUGGAGGAAUUGCUGGAUGAUCUAAUUAAAUCAAAGGAAGCUUACUUUCCAGUCCUAAAACAGAUGGCCAGUUUUGCCAAAGGAAAAAAGAGCAAACAUCUUUUCUUGCGAGAUACGACUGCUUGUGAACGAGUCUCUUUCGAAAUUAAUAUGAGACAUGACGCGGCUGUUUUGGCCGAUGUCUUCAUCAAGUUCAGGGAGCUGAUGUAUUCAAAGUUUCAACUGGAUUUGUGUCACUACUAUUCUCUACCUGGUUUCGCAUAUGACAGUAUGUUCAAAUUGACAGGGGUUGAGAUCGAGCACAUUGGGAACAUGGAGAUGUUUUUAAUGCUUUCACAAAACAUACGAGGGGAAGCUUCAAUUGUGAGCAAUCGGUUAAAUUCAAGCCAAACAGAGUCUCAUACCGAAGUACAUAAUGACAGACUCAUCCAAAUUCCAUCUAAACGCAACAAUAUGUUGCAUCUGAAAGCCAAUAAUCUUUACGGGAUGGCGGAAAGUCGAAUGUUGCCCAUCGGAGAAUACACAUUUCUGGAAAGGCGGGAGAUUCAAAAUUUGGACCUUGACUCUUUAGAUGAAAAUGAUGCUUACGGCUACAUUCUCAUGGUGGAUUUGGAAUAUCCUUCAGUAUUGCACAAAAGCCAUCGAAGCUUUCCUCUGGCUCCUGAAAGAGUAACUGUAACCCAAGAUAUGCUCUCAUCUUAUCAGCAACAAUGUCAACCACUAUCAUACGAAACCGACACAGGAAUAAGCAGACUUUCAGCCACUUUCUUUGAUCGUAAAGAGUAUGUGGUCCACUAUGUCACACUGAAGCUCUAUCUUAGUUUGGGGAUGAAAUUGACGAAGAUACAUCGAGUUAUCAAGUUUCGUCAAUCGAAAUUUCUGAAAACUUAUGUUGAUGUUUGUACUCAACUACGCCAGAACUCCAAAACUGAUUAUGGAAAGCGUACGUUCAAAUUCAUGACAGAUUGUGUUUAUGGCAAGUUCAUUGAAAAUACCGACAGGCAUCAGAAAGUCAUGUUUGCCGAGUCUAAGAGAUCUCUGGAGAAACAGACCACGAACCCUCAAUUUCUAGGCUUUGACAUUGUUUCACCAAACUUAGUGGCUGGUUACAUGAAGCCCUCCAAAGUGGUGCCCAAGCAGGCGUAUGCGAUUGGGUUCACCAUUUUGGAAUAUAGCAAAGAGGCCAUGUACAGGGCCUUCUACAACAACAUUUCCCCAGCCUUCAAUGGCAAAUGCGAGGUGCUAAUGAGCACUAGCGAUACUUUGCUUGUUUCUACAGAGUUUUCUCGCAAUCCCUUCGAAAAAAUAUUGAACAUCCUUGACACUUCCAAUUUUGAAAGUGAUCAUCCGUUGGCCAAUCAAGACCGUCAUCUCAGUAUUGAGUACUUUCAAUCAGAAACGGGUUCCAAACAAGUACGUCACUUCAUUGGGUUAAGAUCGAAAUGUUUUGCUAUGGACACUGAAGGUACUGAAGGACCAUUAGAACACAGAAAACAAAUACCUCAAACGAGCUUUUGGUCAUACAUUCAAGACAUUUUGUCCGACGGGUACACACAGGAUCAGAUCCGUGAUCCAAUCCAAAGUGUGAAUCAGGCACUGAUAGAGAUCAAGAAUAGGCGAUUGGGCUUUUCGAGAUACGAUGGGAAACGCUAUGUUUUGCCUUGCGGAAUUCAUACCCUACCAUAUGGCAGUUGUGAAAUUGAAUAUAAUUCGGUGGCAUGCUCUUUUUGUCCUCUUACCUAUGACACCUAGUUAAUGACACUGAUCCAUAUCCAUGUUGAAUGUAUAUAUAUGUACCAAUUUUUAAAACUUGUAUGUAAAUAUUGUGUGUUAUAUUGAUCCAUCCAAAAAUUAUGCCACUAUAUUGAUUGUACUAUCCCUUUUUGUCCCAAUAAAACACUGUUAAUGUCAAGUAUAAAAGAGAGUCG